GGCGUGGACUCUUGUGCCGCUACAGCCCGCAGGCCUGCCUAGAGAUGCCGUCCGCGUCCGCGUCGGCAUCGGCGCCGGCCGGCGUCACUCCCCCGCUAUAAAUUCGUCACAUCGCCCACCUGUUCUGAGCACAGUGCCUACCUGUCAGUAGGCGAGUGAGGUCAGCGAGCGAGGGGCCGAGGGAAGGGGAAGGGGAGAGCCGAAGAGGAGAGGGGGAUGGGGAAGGGCGGGCAAGGGAGCGACGCCUCGGCGGCGGCGGCCGGCGAGGUGGAGGAGAACAUGGCGGCGUGGCUGGUCGCCAAGAACACCCUCAAGAUCAUGCCCUUCAAGCUUCCGCCCCUUGGCCCGCAUGAUGUCCGGGUGCGGAUGAAGGCAGUGGGGAUCUGCGGCAGCGACGUGCACUACCUCAGGGAGAUGCGCAUCGCGCACUUCGUGGUGAAGGAGCCGAUGGUGAUCGGCCACGAGUGCGCGGGCGUGAUCGAGGAGGUGGGCGCCGGCGUCAAGCACCUCGCCGCGGGCGACCGCGUGGCGCUGGAGCCCGGCAUCAGCUGCUGGCGCUGCCGCCACUGCAAGGGCGGGCGCUACAACCUCUGCGACGACAUGAAGUUCUUCGCCACCCCGCCCGUGCACGGCUCGCUGGCCAACCAGAUCGUGCACCCGGCGGACCUGUGCUUCAAGCUCCCGGACGGCGUGAGCCUGGAGGAGGGCGCCAUGUGCGAGCCCCUCAGCGUGGGGGUCCACGCGUGCCGCCGCGCCGGGGUCGGCCCGGAGACGGCCGUGCUCAUCAUGGGCGCCGGGCCCAUCGGCCUCGUCGCGCUGCUGGCGGCGCGGGCCUUCGGCGCGCCGCGCGUGGCGAUCGUGGACGUGGACGAGCACCGGCUGGGCGUGGCGAGGUCCCUGGGCGCGGACGCGGCGGUGCGGGUGUCGGCGCGGCCCGAGGACGCCGCGGAGGAGGUGGCGCGGAUCCGGGCGGCGCUGGGCGGCGCGGAGAUCGACGUGAGCCUGGACUGCGCCGGGUUCAGCAAGACGCUGGCGACGGCGCUGGAGGCGACGCGCCCCGGCGGGCGGGUGUGCCUGGUGGGGAUGGGGCACAACGAGAUGACGGUGCCGCUGACGUCGGCGGCGAUCCGGGAGGUGGACGUGGUGGGCAUCUUCCGGUACAAGGACACCUGGCCGCUCUGCAUCGAGUUCCUGCGCUCCGGCAAGGUGGACGUGAAGCCGCUCAUCACCCACCGCUUCGGCUUCUCGCAGCGGGAGGUGGAGGAGGCAUUCGAGGUCAGCGCGCGCGGCCGCGACGCCAUCAAGGUCAUGUUCAACCUCUAGGUAGCUUGGCGGCUGCCGGCUGCUCGCGCUCCGGGGAUGAAUAAAAUAAGGUAGUGGAAGUGGCGCCGUCCGUCGGCCGUCGCUUGGUCCUCGGGCGAAUGGCGCAUAAAACCCUGGUCGGUGGCGAGGAUGCCACGGCGUUGGAUUGGAUUGGAUUGGAACUUGGAACAACCGUGGCUUUGUUGCUUCUUUCGCUGCUGGCUGUGUGCUCGUGCUGUCGUCUGAUGGCGUGUUCCUGAUCGAUGCGCGAAAUUUGAGCUAGAGUGAGUCUGUCAAUCGGAGGCCGAUGACUUUUUGGCACUGAACCAAGGGAUGAUGACCCAACUGGAGAUCCGAGACCUCGAACUGGAGGGAGGGAGACUGCCAUUUUUCUUUUUUCUUUUUAGAAAAUAGACUGUCAAUUCUUUU